UCUGGGAGAUCAGACAUUCACAUUUAUACUACGCAGCUAUUACCAACGUCAAGCUAAACUAUACUCCGUAACUGAGAUUCUCUAUUUGAAAUCAGAAAAGCUCUCGUCCCUCUAGAUGGCGAAGAAGCGGAAGUCGUCUGCAACGAGCCUGGAUGAGGUGGAUCGGACGAUGUAUACGUCGUUCUGCAGCGCUGCUAACUCGCUUUCGCAGCUUUACACUCAAUCGAUGAAUCAACAGAAGCUCUCGUUCCAAGCUGGUGAACGCGAAGGGCUGGAUAAGUUAUACCAGUGGAUAUUGAGGCUUCAAGAGGGAGGAUCUAGAGUAACCACACUUGACAUACUGAAUUACCUGCAGACAGAAUUAAACUAUGCUGAGGAGCAGCCCAUUUCACCAAGGCCACCACCACAUUCACAGCCAAACUUGUGUUUCCUGGCAUCUUCAGGUUCAACUGGUUUGCCAUCUGCUGGUCAGGGGAUUCGUACAGAUCAUUAUGAUCAACAAUCAAAGAAUUAUGUUUUCUCAAAUGCCCUGUCAAGUCCGGUUCGGCGAAGCCUUCAGAACUAUCACCUUGCUCAGGGAGACUACUACUCAAAGGAUAGCCCUCCUGCAAAUGGAAUAAAGAAUGAUGAACCCAAUUUCCAACAGCAAAAUCGGGACUCUCAUAAUUGUAACAACAAUAUUAAUGGUUAUAACUGUAGUGAUACUUCCAUGGAUAUUCAUGCUGAAGCUCCUUAUUGAAAAAUUCCUAAAGCAUAAUGUUGCUAUCUAUUUAUACUUGUACUUUAUAAUUAGAAGUAGAACAGACAUGGUUGUUUCAAUUGUGAUGUGUGUUGAAGUUGAAUUAGAUUCAAUACAAUCUCUUGCUUGUGGGGAAACACCAGCCGUGUGGAAUUCUAUCUUAUU